GGAAUCUGAGUAAUGAAUACAUUCCUGUUUUGCAACAUGGAAAAAGCAUGUUGAAGACUUUCAUAUUUUUGCAAGUAAAAAUGUAUUGUUUCGUUGAUAAAGCAUGGAAGUUUCACUAGAGCAACAUGUUUUGAGAUGUCUGAAAGGUCAAAAACAUUUAGAGUGCAGGUACUAGCUAUUUGAUGAGCGGAAGAAAAUAAGAAUAUCGCUAUGGUUGUGAAGCCAUGUGCUUCUUUGUUUACCAAAACAGCGGCUGUUGGAGCGAUUGUGUGAAUGGUUCUGUGAAGAACGUGGAAUUUGGGCUUGUAAGAAGUGAGCCGCACAAACGGCGACAAAGUCUGCGUUUUUAAGUCAAGUUAAAGGACCAUAUGCUGCUGGAGUGGGGCCAUAACAUCAAGGAACCCUGCCUCCCCAUGCAUGUUUUCAGCCUUCAGCGGGUGCCUGGAUGUCACCAUUGUACAGCGCGUUGGAUAUCAUUUGAAGUUUGACUUUAUUACCCUUGUGUACGCACUUAUAAUAGCAUUUAAUGAGCGCUUUAAUCAUUUCCACAUAUCAAGAACAAAAUGAUGGUGGAGGUGCAAGGGGUGGAGUUACUUGGGGUCAAUAGCCAAUGGAAAGCACCCAAAUUAUGAGUGGUGUUGAGUACAGUAUUUAUGAACUGUAAAGUUGUCUGGCUGAGACUAGACUGUGAAGAGAUCCAAGUACAGGUAAGUAAGAAUAUGAUUUGCAGAUGAUGUACUUAAUAUGAUAAAUACUUUGAUCAUUAGGGUGGUCAAGAGGCCUGGCUCGGUUAAUUCAAUUCAUAUAUUUAUCAUUAUUGGGAAAGGUUGAUUGCGUACCUAAAACAGCCUUUUCUGUAGUGAAGUGGGAAAAUCUUUAUAUUCCAGUUUAGGCUCCUGUGUAAUGUAAUUAAUCUGUUAUAAGAACAACAAUGAUGAUUGAAGUGAUUCAUGGGGUAAAUUAAAAUCUUGUUGUGAAGUCAUCUAGAUUAGCGAUUAUUUUAUGCAGGUAGUACAGGCUAAUGUUGACGUAGUUUCAAAUAUGAGAGGUACUGGAGCAUUGUGAAUUGUCAGUUUAUCUCUGAUCAUCCUGGCACAUGCAGCUGGUCUGUAUGCCAGUACAACUCUACUGGGUGAGCAUGUUAGUGUGUUCUAUAAUCAAAACAGAAUUCAAGCUGUAUUUUACGCCAGUCAUGCUUCUUCCUGUGUGUUCUCCAGGGCGCAAGGAUGAUUGUUCAGGUUCUCCUGACGGGGACACUAUGCUGCCUACUGCCAGGUUUGCUGGAUGCUACACCUCUGAAGGCUAGAGCUGUAGGGGAGGUCAGCAUCGACUCUGCCCAGGCUCAUGGCUUCCUGUCUCAGUCACGCUCCAAACGGAACGUCAACCCGGACCCCAAGUGGCACCGCGGCACUCCUGAUUUCCAGUCCUACUACAAAUUCUACAACAGCAUCGGCCAUAUUGAAGGACUGUAUGAGAUUGACAAGAUCAGGAUACUGUAUCAGCAGAUGCGUCACCUAGAGCAGGUCUAUGGGCCAGACGCCUCCAGCUACCAGAAUGCCCUGGGUGUGAUAACCUCUCCACCUACCACCGCAGCUCCUACCACCACCACCACAGUGCCUCCUACCACUCAGCCCCCUCCUACUACACCAGCAUCACUUUCUCUAACUGAGGCUGAUGUCCUUUAUCUGUGUAACCCCAAAGACCCCCUUUGUAAAGCUCACAUAGUUUACCUGCCUGCAGGGGCCAUCCCAGUCCUCUGUGACCCACGCUACAACCCUACCUGCAAACCCCAAACCGGCAAGGUGGUCAUAGCCGCUGCCGGACCUGCGGAGCCAGCUGUUGAAUCACCUCCCCCACCUCCACCCCCCCCUAAGAAGUCUCUCCCACCUCCUUCUCCCAUUGUCAUUAAAGGGAUGGAGUAUGACUGCGACCCUUACUGGGACCCUGACUGCCUGAUCGAUCACCCACCUCGCUCUGUCCAGGUGACUGAGCCACCACCACCCCCUACUUUCCCACUUGUUGUGGUGGCCCCUGUUGAGGAGGAGGAGGAGGAAGAAGAAGAAGAAGAAGAAAUGGCCACCGAGGAGACAAUAGCACCUUCUGACCCUUAUGAUUGGGGACGUGACCUUUUUGACCCUUACCACUAUUCCGACCCAGCACCUGACCCCCAGUAGACAGUUUUUUGUUUUGUUUAUCUAAGCACAAACAUAACACAUUAGUACUGCAAUACAACAGAAGGUCAUUUACCAAAUACAGGUCGGACUGUGAGCAAAAUCAUAAACACAAUUGUACACAAACACAACAAUUUCCCCACAUGUAUGACAUUUCUCAGUUCCAUCAGAGAAUAUUGUUUUGAGUUGUAGAGACAACGGACUUAUAAUAUAUUGUAUUCAACGUGUGUGUCUGUUAUCAAUUAAUAUUAACAAAAAUUAAGUGUCACGUCCCAUUUGAAAUUGUUUGUGGUAAAAGGUCGCCCUCCAGCGGUGAGAACUGAAACUAUAAAUUAAACGAUCUAUCUGGACAGUC